AUGUUGAUGUAGUUAUGUCCUCCUAGUGGUCCAGUAUUUCGUUUUUUUUUCUAUUGAACAACAAUCAACUACUGAUUAGUAUAGCACUUAUACCCCACGAGUGGGUACACAGCUACUGCAACUGCUACUAAUUUCUACGCAUUCACGUAUCUCUUGUUGUAGGAUAUACAUAGAAUCCAUGACCAUGCCCACGGCCAUGUAGAUGUAGUUUUCUGGUAUUUCUAGCAAUUUGUAUUCUGUGACGAUGAUUUUUUUGGACGAAGACAGAGCCCUAAGUGUCAUCAAAUGAAGCGCAAAAAGUAGGUAGUAGAAUUCAUUCUCAAUCUUAUAUGUGAGGCAACAGCAAUGAUCAUGACGCUUUGUGCUUCACCACCGAUCCAGACUGUCAAUUGGCAGCCAGGCAGUAGCAAUUUUCCAAAUGGGCGAAGUCAUCGCUUCAGCGAUCACGAUCUUUUAAGUCCGAGCGAUCGAGUGAAGCGCCUGACAGGACAAGAUAAGGCACCUCAUCCGAAUGCAUCAGAAAACAGCCAAGCUGGCUCUGGACUGCAGCACGGUGCAGGCCUACUGCAAGCAGGAGCGGCAACUCCGUUUGUAGGGACCACGACCACAUCUUCAAUAUUAGGUGGAGUCGUAGUGGACAACAGCGUUGGGAAGAAAAAGAAAAUUGCAGAUAUGCAUCUGGAAGUUUAUCGCACUGUGCGGAUGCCACUCAUCUACGCGCGAGACAAGAACGGAGAGCUCAUCCCGCUAUGGCCUCCCACAGAUGGCUUCAACGACGGAAAAGGGAUUUUGAUUCCGGAGGAACCGCCGGUCGUACUGGAAGGAUCAGCUGGAGGAGGUGAUCCAGAUAAUGCUAUGGGGUCACAAAGACAGUCAAUCGGAGGGGGAGCGCCAAGUAGAGGGUCCUCUACUAGAAGAAGCUCUUCAGCAGGAGUGGGCAUGCUUGCACCUGUAGAUCUUCACCUGCCAGAGGGUGUAGGUCAUGCACCAGCGUUCUCAAAGCAAGGCGAGAAAACGAAAUCGAAAAGCACAAGUUCCGAUCUGCCGGACGAAAUUCUAACCAAUGAAUGGCUAAAGAAAGACCUUUCACAAUACGGAGGUGACAAACCCUCAGAAAUAUACGAUGUCGAAGGAAAAGUUGCAGCGUCAAAGCAAAAGCAAGAAGCUUCCACUUCUGCAGGAGCGGGCCCACAGCACGAGUCAAGUACAGUUGACGUGCAAGAAAAGAAGGUGGAUGAACCCGGCAAAGCGAGCAAGAAUGCAUCGUCUUCAGAACAAAACGAAACGAGUAAAGAUCCUGGUGGCACUGGUACACCCAAAAAAAUGACCGGUAGAUGCUGCAGGGGUGGUCAGAAAAGAAACUGAAAUUUGAAAUGUGGUGCGACUGCGAUUUCAAUCAGAAAUAGCUGACCUCUUCUAGUAUAGCUACAGCUUGUCCUUUGUCCUGGCUAUCAACAAUUACAACGUAUUUACUUGUUGCGGCGAUGCAACGUUUUCAAGCAUGAAGAUCAUGUAGUGGUUCUGUAUUGAAAUGAAUCGUACAAGUUGAGAGAAAAAACGUACCUACUGCGUCGAUCUACAGUAAUGAUUGAAGUGCAUGAUACAUGGACGCAAUGUUGCCGCCC